AUGGAGGAAGAGGCUAAUUCUUGGAUAAGGAGAACAAAUUUCUCUCAUACUGUUUGUCAUCGGUUGGAUGCUUCAAGAUUGGCCUCUCUUCCUUUAACCAUCCAGCCAGAUAGAAUUUUGGGUGCCAAAUCGAGGCCCAGAACAUCUAACCUUAAUACAGAUCCAGAGCCUAUCGUGCCACAGAUUCAGCGAAACUCUACCACAAACAAGAACCGGGCUGUAUCCCCAGUCCCUGAAACAAAGCUUUCUGAUGCCUUCAAAGAGGCCCGGUCUAGUCAGAAGAGGUCCUUAACUCCACUUCCCAAAAGAAAAGGACCAGAGAAAGGAAUUGUUGGCAAAUUAUUCCAUAAAGAUUCCAAUGAUACCAAGGCACCUAAUUCGGAUUCACCUGGUUCAAAGUCUCCGGCAAAUAUUAGUCCUCUUAGGCACUUUGCGUCAAUGAAAUUUCAUGAGAAGACUAAGAGCCGUAAGGAGUCGGCGUGGUCAAAGUAUUUUGACCAUGGUGGGGGAAGGGUCACCUCUGUAGAAACUGCGGACGAGUUUGCGGUUGAUCUUUCUAAGUUAUUUCUUGGGCUAAGAUUUGCUCAUGGAGCGCACAGUCAGCUUUACCAUGGGAUAUACAAGGAACAACCUGUUGCGGUGAAAAUAAUCAGAGCGCCAGAUGAUGACGAAAAUGGAGACCUGGGUGGACGAUUAGAGAAGCAAUUCACUAGGGAGGCUACCCUUUUGUCUCGUCUCCACCAUGAAAAUGUAAUAAAGUUUGUGGCAGCCUGCAGAAAGCCACCAGUGUUUUGCAUUAUAACAGAAUAUUUAUCAGAAGGUUCUUUGAGAUCAUACUUGCACAAGCUUGGGCAUAAACCUGUUCCAUUGCAAAAGUUAAUCACGUUGGCAUUGGACAUUGCAAGAGGAAUGGAAUAUAUUCACUCGCAGGGCAUUAUUCAUAGAGACCUCAAACCAGAAAAUAUACUCAUCAAUGAAUAUUUCCGCCUAAAAGUUGCCGAUUUUGGCUAUCGAACACUCCUUCGUAUAACACUAGAAGACCGUCUACUAGGACCGUGA